CGGGCGAGCGGCGCAUGCGCCCUUCCGAGGCCCGGCCCGGAGCGGCUUCCUCGCAACGCCGCCGAGCUGUUUGGGAGGGACGGACGGCCGCCUCGCCGACGGAACGGAGCGGCCAGACCAGGGCCGGGCGGAGGACGCGGAGGAGGGAGCAGGACCGACGCGCGGGCCGAAGAGACCUGCCUGAGGCGGCGGUUCGAAUCUGCCGAAAGUGGCUUUGAAAGUGAAAUACCAUGAAGAACCAAGAUGGAGAAAGCAAAGUUGCCCUUUCGCCAGCCAGCCCUUCGAAAACAAGCAGCAGCCUAAGCCUGGAAGAUGGUGACUUCGCUGAGGCCUCUCUAGGAACAGCUGGGAGCAGUGAAUGCCCAGCCGUGCCUGAAACAUGCAGUGCAAAGCUUUUGGUUGAUGGACACGUCGAGAAUGCUGUUGCCGAGGAAAAGAGCCAGAGAAGCAGAGAUGCACCCGUCGUAGAGGAGGCCCUGUCAAGGCCCCACCAGCCUGCCACCUGUGACGUCUCGGAAGAGCUGAGCAGGCAGCUGGAGGACAUCCUGAACACCUACUGCAUGGAUAGCAACCAGGAAGGCCCAGGAGACGAUAAUGGCCAGAGUGAGCCCGUAGAGCUGGAGGAGGCGGAGAAGUGCCGGAGCGAAUCCCCAAGGAACUGCGAGCCGGAGCAGAGUUGCCCUGAAAUAAACGGGGAAAAGGAGGGCCCCAGGGGAGCCAGCGAGGAGAGCAGUGAACGUGAUCAGAAACGAGCCCAGGAGAAAAAGAAGGCCAAGGGGCUUGGCAAGGAGAUAACACUAUUGAUGCAGACCCUGAACACUCUCAGCACACCUGAGGAGAAGCUGGCAGCCCUGUGCAAGAAGUAUGCAGAGCUGCUGGAAGAACACAGAAAUUCUCAGAAGCAAAUGAAGAUCCUCCAGAAGAAGCAGACUCAGCUAGUGCAGGAGAAGGACCACCUCCGGAGCGAACACAGCAAGGCCAUCCUGGCACGGAGCAAACUAGAGAGCCUUUGCCGGGAGCUGCAGAGACACAAUCGCACCCUCAAGGAGGAGGGGGUCCAGCGAGCCCGGGAGGAGGAAGAGAAGCGGAAGGAGGUCACGUCCCACUUCCAGGUGACUCUCAAUGACAUCCAGUCCCAGAUGGAGCAGCACAAUGAGCGCAACUCCAAGCUGCGGCAGGAGAACAUGGAGCUAGCGGAAAGGCUGAAGAAACUCAUUGAGCAGUACGAACUGCGGGAAGAGCACAUAGACAAGGUGUUUAAACACAAGGAUCUGCAGCAGCAGCUGGUAGAUGCGAAACUCCAGCAGGCCCAGGAGAUGCUGAAGGAGGCUGAGGAGCGACACCAGCGGGAGAAGGACUUUCUGCUGAAAGAAGCUGUAGAGUCCCAACGAAUGUGUGAGUUGAUGAAGCAACAGGAGACGCAUCUCAAGCAGCAGCUGGCUCUCUACACAGAGAAGUUUGAAGAGUUUCAGAACACACUCUCCAAAAGCAGCGAGGUCUUCACCACCUUCAAGCAAGAAAUGGAGAAGAUGACAAAGAAGAUCAAGAAGCUAGAGAAAGAAACCACCAUGUACCGGUCUCGCUGGGAAAGCAGCAACAAAGCCCUUUUGGAAAUGGCAGAGGAGAAAACCGUGCGAGACAAAGAGCUGGAGGGACUCCAGGUGAAAAUCCAGCGCCUCGAGAAGCUGUGCCGGGCCCUGCAGACCGAGCGCAACGACCUGAACAAGAAGGUGCAGGACCUGUGGGCCCUCGCACCUUUGGCGGCCAGCGCAGAUAUCCGGGAAACACCCAAGGACCCAUCCUCCCAGGGCGGCUCGGAGGCGCUGACCCCACAGGGCGCCACGAGGGGAGAGUGCCUUGCGCUGGCCCACGCCUCGGGCUUCACGGAACCUCCAGGGAGGCUCGGGGAGCGGGUCCCGGGAGCGCCCCCUCAGGACCAAGCGGAGGACGAGGCUGCGAAUUCUGCCGAGUAGAGGAAAGGGUGGGUAGCCGGCGUUCUUCCCGAGAGACAGAUCAUUCCCCUCUCUGGGCCCCAGCCUGGGGGAGCCAGAACUCGGUCCUUCUGGGGGGGGGGGUUAAGGUUUCCCAGUUAAGGCUUUUGACCGUAUUGAAGGCUUUUUUUUGGUUUGUUUUGUUUUACUUUAAAAAAACAUCACUAUAUGACAUGAUGUUGCGCAAGGCAAUAUCCACUUUUUUAUAUAUAGCUCUAUCAACAAGAUUGAUCCACUUCUCAGUGUGUUGCGUGGACAUCUGUGUGGCAGUUUCACCAGAAAACCUUCCCAAGGAGGGGGAUGAGGGAAACGGGCCACUGCUCCAAACCCCACCUGCCCGUCCCCAUUCCCCCCCCUCCUCCCCCCAAUGCCUCCUCGUGAAUGGCUUCCAUCUCUCUGGCUGCUACAGUUCAUUAGGGGAGCUCGGCUGCUGUGAUCGCCCACUGAAAGCAAAAGAAGUUGACCCUCACCAGGAGGGGCUUCGAAGGCUUCUUGUUUUCUCUCUCUUUCUUUUUUUAUAAAAACCAACAUGAUCCAGCAGUUUAACCACCAGUACAGGAGACUCAGGAGUUUGCUAUGUCCUAGGUUGUUAUUUUUAGAGUGUAGGGUGUGUGUUUUUCCUCCCCCCCCCGUCCCCACUUCUUCCUGGAAAAGGGGAGAAUAAAAUGGAUGUGUCUUUGGUUCAUGGGAACAAGAUGCAGCAGCUCCGGGCCCUGUUUGGUUUGGGGGAAACGGGGUGUCCUCUCCAGGACGUUGCUACUUCCAGAAUCUGUGUCUCAAUAGCCUUAUGACUUCACCGUUGCCUCUCUACUUAUAUGCACACACGCACAAGUGUAUGUAUUAAAGAUGUAAUC